UUAUACAUACUGGUGACAAACCAUAUAGUUGUGAAGUAUGUAGUAAAUGUUUUAACAAAAAAUCAACAUUGCAACGGCAUAUGUUGAUACAUACUGGUGAUAAGCCAUAUAGUUGUGAUGUAUGUAGUAAAUGUUUUAACAGAAAAUCAAAAUUGCAACAGCAUUUGUUGAUACAUACUGGUAAUAAGCCAUAUAGUUGUGAUGUAUGUAGUAAAUGUUUUAAACAAAAAUCUACAUUGCAACGGCAUUUGUUGUUACAUACAGGUGAGAAGCUAUAUACUUGUGAUGUAUGUAAUAAAUGUUUUAACAGAAAAUCAACAUUGGAACAGCAUUUGAUUAUACAUACUGGUGAUAAGCCAUAUACUUGUGAUGUAUGUAAUAAAAGUUUUAAAAUAAAAUUGACAUUGCAACGGCACGUGCUGAUACAUACUGGUGAUAAGCCAUAUAGUUGUGAUGUAUGUAGUAAAUGUUUUAAAAGAAAGUCAACACUGCGACAGCAUCUGAUUAUACAUACUGGUGAUAAGCCAUAUACUUGUGAUGUGUGUAAUAAAUGUUUUAACAGAAAAUCAAUAUUGCAACGCCAUUUAUCGAUACAUAGAGGUGAUAAGCCGUAUAGUUGUGAUGUAUGUAGUAAAUGUUUUACCAGGAAAUUUACAUUGCAACAGCAUUUGUUAAUACAUACAGGCGAGAAGCCAUAUAGUUGUGAUAUAUGUAAUAAAUAUUUUAGCAAUAAAUGUUAUUUAAAGCAGCAUUUGUUGAUACAUAGUGGUGAAAAGCCAUAUACUUGUGAUAUAUGUAAUAAAUGUUUUAGAUACAAAGGAAAUUUAACAACACAUGUAUUGAUACAUACUAAUGAUAAAUCAUAUUGUUGCGAUGUAUGUCAUAAAAGUUUUAAAUUAAAAUUAACAUUACAACGGCAUAUGCGGAUACAUACUGGUGAUAAGCCAUAUAGAUGUGAUGUAUGUAAUAAAUAUUUUAACCAAAAAUCAAUAUUAAAACGGCAUAUGUUGGUACAUACUGGUGAUAAGUCAUAUACUUGUGAUGUAUGUAAUAAAAGUUUUAAAAUAAAAUUGACAUUGCAACGGCACAUGCUGAUACAUACUGGUGAUAAGCCAUAUAGUUGUGAUGUAUGUAGUAAAUGUUUUAACAGAAAGUCAACACUGCAACGGCAUUUGUCGAAACACUGAUGAC